UCGUCCCACUAUCAGAAUUUUAAUCAUUUCUUACAAUGAAAGCAUAAAAGGAAAAAAAAAGUUAAAAAAGGAAUCAUUUUAAGAUGAAAAUACAUUAUGAUUAUGGUGUAUAAUGAUUAUAUAUCUCUUUAGCAAAUUUUGUUGGUCAACUUUAGAAGUGUGUGAGAUUACCUCGUUUUGACCCAUCCAACGACUGCCCAUCGACUGAUCAAGACCAAUAACUUGCUCAGUUGGUGGGCCGUCCCUUAACUCAAUUUACAUGUGAGGUUGGUGAAAUGCCCUAUCAACCUUUUCUUGGCAUCUCCAUAAUUCUUUUGCCUUUCUAGUAACCCCAUUCUGGCUUCAACUUUCUUUUACUUUUGCAUAGCAGUAAAAAAAAAAAAAAAAAAAAAAGAAGGGGCAUGACAGUUACAUUAAAUGACACUGUGAUGUAAAUGGCAGUAAGGUUGAUAAGGACUAGGGAAGAUGAUUUAAGAGAGAAUGGUCUUUUUGGUAUCAAGCUGUAAUACUACUAAAUAGUGUUCAAGAAAAGUAGAGCCCUGUCUUUAUUAGAUUAGAAAAAAUAAAAUAUUAAUGUAAAAAAGAAAGGGUUUCUUAACACACAGAGACAUUACACAUACACCCUCUCUUUCUAUCCCUUAUAAAUUUAUUCGUAUCAGUAAUUCAAUCUCUCCUCACACAGUUUCUAUCUUCACUCUUUUAUAUUUAGGUAAAUAUAUAUAGAUACAUUAAUUUUUUUUCUCUACCUUAUUUUCUUGGGUUUUGGCGAUUAUCCUGUUUUGUGUUCAAUUUGCUAGUGAAUCUUGAAAAGCUAGUAACAAUGGUGGCCAAGAAGCCAAGAAUUGUGAUUAUUGGAGCAGGAAUGGCCGGUCUAACAGCUGCAAACAAGCUUUAUACUUCUUCAACAAGCUCGAAAGACAUGUUUGAGCUUUGUGUUGUUGAAGGUGGUACAAGAAUUGGUGGCAGAAUUAACACUUCAGAAUUUGGUGGUGACAGAAUAGAGAUGGGAGCAACAUGGAUCCAUGGCAUUGGAGGCAGCCCAGUUCAUAAAAUUGCUCAAGAAAUCAAUUCUUUAGAGUCGAAGCAGCCUUGGGAGUGCAUGGAUGGAUUCUGGAAUGAACCAAAGACUAUAGCUGAAGGUGGUUUUGAGCUCAAUCCAUCUCUUGUUGAGUCCAUAUCCACUCUUUUCAAGAACCUGAUGGAUUUUGCUCAGGGGAAAUUGGUUCAAGCCAGUGAAAGCAGUAGUGGAGAUGGAGUUGAUUUCUACAACCUAGCAGCUAAAGCUUCAAAGAUUUGUACAAGCAAUGGUGGUGGUGUGAAUGUUGCUGGUAAGCGCAGUAUUGGUUCUUUUCUUAGGCAAGGUCUUGAUGCUUAUUGGGAUUCUGUUAAAGAUCAAGAACAGAUCAAAGGGUAUUGUACUUGGAGCAGAAAGUUGCUGGAGGAAGCUAUGUUUACUGUGCAUGAAAAUAUUCAAAGGACAUACACUUCUGCAGGUGACCUCUUGACUCUAGAUUUUGAUGCGGAAAGUGAGUACCAAAUGUUUUCAGGUGAAGAAAUCACUAUUGCAAAAGGGUACUUGAGCAUAAUUGAAUCACUGGCUUCUGUUCUACCCAAAGGCCUAAUCCAAUUAGGCCGUACGGUAGCAAGAAUUGAAUGGCAACCUGAAGCUAACCACUCAAUGGAAAAUGGUCAUGGUCACAAGCCAGUACAGCUACAUUUUAAUGAUGGAUCGGUUAUGUGUGCUGAUCAUGUUAUAGUCACAUUUUCACUUGGUGUACUUAAAGCUGGAAUUGGUCAAGAUUCAGGUAUGUUUAGUCCUCCUCUUCCAUCUUUCAAGACUGAGGCUAUUUCACGGCUAGGAUACGGUGUUGUUAACAAGCUAUUUUUACAAUUGAGUCCAAAAAAUGAUGCUGUUACUAAAGGCGGGGAUGAUGUAAAAGCUAAGUUUCCCUUCUUGCAAAUGGCUUUUCAUAGACAGGAUUCACAAUUAAGGCAUAAAAGGAUACCAUGGUGGAUGAGAAGGACUGCUUCAAUAAGUCCAAUACAUAAGAAUUCUAGUGUGUUACUAUCUUGGUUUGCAGGGAAAGAAGCACUUGAGCUUGAAUCUCUUAGUGACGAAGAGAUUAUUAAUGGGGUUUCAACAACAAUUUCUAGCUUUUUACAACAACAGACACAGCCCAACAAGAUAGUGAGUUCUAAAGCUCAUGAAUUAUGCAAUGGGAGUGUGAGUUCAGAAAAUUGUGUAGAAAGCUCAAAAGGAAGUGAAAUUAAAUUCAGUAAAGUCUUGAAAAGCAGAUGGGGUAAUGAUCCUCUGUUUUUGGGAUCUUACAGUUAUGUAGCAGUUGGAUCGAGCGGAGAUGAUAUGGAUAAAUUAGCAGAGCCAUUGCCAAGGAUUGGUAAUUUUGAAACUGAUGGAUGUCCUCAACUUCAGAUACUAUUUGCAGGGGAAGCAACACAUAGAACCCACUAUUCUACUACUCACGGUGCUUAUUUUAGUGGUCUUAGGGAAGCCAACAGGCUUCUUCAACAUUAUCAUUGUGUUGGGAUUUAGAUACCUAGUAGCACUAUAUAAUUUUAUUUUUAUUUUUGCCUUUUUCUUUAUCUAAAAAGAAAUUGUUAGACACUUGAUUUGGUGAUAUCCCUUUUCUUUUUCCUUUUUAAAUUUUCCAUCUGAAACAUCUUUCUUUCUCUCUUUCUAUAAAGUUGAUGAUGGGGAUCAAUGAGAGCAAAGAAGAAGAGAAAAAGUAGCUAUUAGGGAGGAUUGAAAGAGAUAGAUGGGGACAUUUUUAGAUGUAUUGCCUGAAUUAAAAGAAGCUUCUUUCUAAUUUAAUAUUUGCCUAAUUCUCUUUGCUUAUAAAUUUAUUGAAUCUCUUCUA